AUGGCCUCACGCUGGGCCGCGCUGCUGUUCGUGGCAGCCUGGAGCAUGGGCUGUGGUGAAGCCUUCAGGUGCUACAGUUGUGAGCAGCCUGUGGCCAUGUCUUCGUGCAAGAACAUCACUUACUGCAAGCCGGAGGACACAGCCUGCAUUACUACACUGGUGACGGUGGAGGCGGAGUACCCCUUCAACCAGAUCGCCGUGGUGACCCGCUCCUGCUCCAGCUCCUGCCAGGCCACUGACCCUGACAGCAUUGGGACUGCCCACCUCAUCUACUGCUGCUUUCGUGACCUCUGCAACUCAGUGGCCCAAAGGUCAGCGCCCAGCUCCUACUCUCCCACCUCCUCUGGAGCAGCCCCCAACCAGAGGGAGCUGCCACAUGGGCCUCCUUUAAGGCAUCCUCCUGGGACCCUCCAGCGAGCCAACACCCUGCCGGCAGUUCCCCCAUUAGAGCCAUUCCCCUGCAUUGUGGCCAGACUUCCAGACAGCCCCACUCUUCACCAGCGGAGCAAUGGGGAUAAUGCCCCCGGGGUCUUCGGGGGCCAGAGGAGGUGGGGGCGGGGAGAGCCUUGGCGCGCCGUCCCCAGCCUGGGAAGGCGGGUAGGCGGCGGCGGCACCUGCGGGUCCUCCGCGCGGCCAGAAGAGGGCGCGCGCGCAAGCCCGAGGAGCCAGCGCCGCCAGGACCCCUCCCCGGCGCGCGCACGGCGGGCAGGCGGGGACCCCGGCGACACGGCCCCGCCCCGGUCCGCAACUUCCACCGCGAGCUCCGUUAAGUCUGACCCCAAGGGGACUGCGGGGUCCAAAGCCCCAGAGGGGCAGCAGGGAGCUCGGGAAGCCCUUUGCCCGUUGCUUAGCCUCGAGGACGCCCACCUGUCUCACUUGUCCCCACGACCCUCCCGGCAACGCGACCCGCGGAAGCUGGGGCAGGUCACUGGUGGGAGCUCGGGCAGCCCGCCCACGGGGGCGGCGCCGAAGGGCCUGGGGACCAAGCUCUCACCACCUGGGGGGCUCCCGGGGCCUUAG